AUGGGGUCUGAUCCGCAGUACAUCAAGUACCCCGACCUCCUCCUCGCCCAACAUGUCUUCAAUAUCUCCAACCCUGCAUGCGUCCCAUCCACCCGCCAGGCCUCACUGAAGAAGCUGCAAGAUGCUAUCGCCGAGCGCAAAAUGGCGCCGUUCUACCGCCAUUUGGCCCACCCGGUCGAGGGCAUCCUCAACAACUCCGGCGAGGGCGUGACGCAACACCCGCACCCGCACAGCGCAGGGUCUUCGAAGCCGCUCAUCACCUCCAACAUGCUCGCCUCGCGAACGCCGUCCAAGAUCGACUUCCCGUGGGAUGAGCAGCUCUACCAGUCCCUGGUGGAGGAUAACAAGAAGGAGCUGGAGGGCAUCCAGAAGGAGGAGGAUGAAGCAGAAGAGGCCGCGGGCGAAACUGAGGUACAGGCUGCACGGGGAAAACGGGCAGAGUUCUGGGCUCGCGUGGGAGACAAGGACAAAUCCAUCGAGUCACACGAAGCCCUCCUCGACAAGAUCGGUUUCCUCGGUACCAAGAUCGACCUGGUGCUCGCAAUGAUCCGCAUUGGACUCUUCUUUGGUGAUCGUCUGUUCGUCAAAAAGACCAUCGAGCGGGCAGAGGCUCUGGUGGAGAGCGGUGGAGACUGGGACCGGAGGAAUCGCCUCAAGGCCUACAAGGGCUUACACCUACUCACUUGCCGCUCAUAUGCUCUCGCAGCUCCUCUCCUCCUCGACAGCCUGUCUACAUUCACCAGCUACGAACUCUGCAGCUACUCCUCGUUGGUGAUCUACUCGGUGCUUGCGGGAUCCUUGUCCCUCAAGCGCGUAGACUUCAAGGCCAAGGUGGUGGACGCGCCCGAGAUCAAGGCAAUCCUGGGUGCCGGAGAGGAUCAGUUGGCCGCGCUGUCCGGCGAGAUCUCCUCAGGUCCUGGUGCUCAGGACGAGGUAAUGAAGGAUGAGACGGUAUCGAAGUCGACCCCCACUGGUGGAGCCACCACUGUCAUCAACCUGACCACCCUGGCCACGGGUUCCACUGCCCAGGCCGAGAAUGAAGCCCCUGUGGACUUCUCCCCUCUGGCCAAUUUGGUCACCAGUUUGUAUAACGGUAACUACCGCACGUUCUUCGUGGCCCUGGCAGCUGUGGAGGACCACUUCUUGACACAGGACCGGUACCUGCAUGAGCACCGGGCCUGGUUCGUCCGGGAGAUGCGGCUACGCGCUUACCAGCAACUCCUCCAGAGCUACCGGGUGGUGGGUCUGACCAGCAUGGCGAAUGACUUUGGAGUGACGGUGGAUUUCUUGGACCGGGACUUGGCGAAGUUCAUCUCCAGCAACCGCAUUGCAUGCACCAUUGACCGGGUCAACGGCAUUAUCGAGACCAACCGGCCCGAUGACAAGAACAAGCAGUACUCGGAUGUCGUCAAGCACGGUGAUGCUCUGAUCACCAAGCUCCAGAAGUACGGACAGGCCGUCCGCCUCCGGGGCAGCGAGCGCAGCUAA